AGCUCACAGUCGUUGGCAUCCCAUCAGCAUUCGGUUUCGCUUGACGCUGCUUUCACCAAGCUUGACGGGGCACUGCCACGAUAAUUUGCGCGAUUGCAAACACAUCCGACCCUUAAGCCAACUUCCUGACCCGGUGCUCAUUCUUGCCGUGGCCCUCUAUUCCCUACAACAAGUUGCAAGAAAGGUUCAAUCUUCUUGCAGACCAAGUUCCGACCGCGGUGCAUACAUACGCGUGCCAAUCUUCGCGCAAGACAACGUGGCCUGGUACGAUCGUCUAGUUGCGUGAGGCGCCGAAUUUGGAUACAAUAGAGCACGAUGACUGCAUCACCAGCAUUGAACGUUGCGCGAUACGGCGCCUUGAUUGGUGGCAUCGGAUACGGUAUUGUGCACAAGCGAACACUGCAAAAGAGAGAAGAUCAAAGAGCAGUGCAAGCGGAGUUGAAGCAUCUCAGAGAGUCUCAAUCCAAGGCGGAAAAGGAGAAGGACGCUGCUAUCUUGGCGAGCAUCAGAGGUGGUGGAGUCGUGUCGGACCCAGACAGCCCCAGCUUCGAUUUGGAAAAGUACCUCUCUUCCCUGGAGAAGUAAAGGCGAACCACAAGCGCGUUCCGCGAGCCACAAAAUCACCAGCGACGGAGGUAUCACACGCUCAUCACGCCCUCGCAAUCUAGACGAUUUUUGCGCCGACUCGUGACAUGCUUAGCUUUUUUGUGUGGGAAUGUCGCCUUGCGUGGGCACGGGAAAGGUGACGGGGCAAAGGUCCACUGCGGGGGAAGUCACACUUGCAGACGUGAGAGAUGACGCUGUUGGCGUGCUUUGGCUGUCUCGCCUGGCGGCAGUCCACGCAACGAGCUUUGCAUGAGCUCCCGCAAAGACACGACAAGUGCAAUGCGAGUCUUUGGAUGGCAAAUCA